UGUCAGUCAGUUGUAAUAAUAACCAAAAUCCUACAAUAUGAAGUUUGAAAAUUUGAAUGGUAUUCCGGAUUCCCUAUUAUAAAAGAAAUCAAUAAUUUGACCGCAGUAUUUAACCUAUUAUUUGUAUUAAGUGAUUAUUUUAUUGUGAUGUAUUAUCAUUUCAUUAUAAUAAAUUUUAUAUUAAAAGUUUAUGAUGAAUACUUUACUUCGCAGGGCAUGUUUUAAAAAAUAUAAAUUUCUGAGAAAUUUUAUCGAUGGCACAGCAUAUUCAAAGGUUGAUUUUUCUGAAAAGCUCCAAGCCAUUGUUAAAAGGGUAUACAGUUCAUCACAGUCGUCACACAAGAAACAAAUAUAUUUAAUAGAUGAGGAUGAAAGUAAAUGUGUAAAUAAAAUCAGCAACUUUAGUAAAUAUACAAGUCGGUCAUAUACUUGUGGGGAAUUACGAAGCAGUAAUAUCGGAGAAAGGGUAACUUUGUGUGGUUGGCUGGAAUAUCAAAGAAUGAAUAAGUUUGUGGUUUUAAGAGAUAGUUACGGUGAAACACAAUUAUUAAUAGAUGAAAAAGAUAUGGAGACACAGAAAAGUUUGUCAACUAUUCCAUACGAAUCGAUAAUUCAAGUAAAAGGCACCGUGUUAUCCAGGCCUAAGGAUAUGAUGAAUGAAAAACAGGCCACUGGCCAAGUAGAAGUAUUAGUAAACGAUUUCAAAAUAGUUAAUAAAGCAAGAGAUAACCUACCAUUUAACAUUAGAGAAUUUCAAAAAGCUAAAGAAAGCCUUAGAAUCCAGUAUAGAUAUUUGGACUUAAGGUUUCCUCAGAUGCAAAGGAAUUUACGGGAGCGAUCUAUGCUACUUAUGAAAAUGAGAGAGUAUUUAGUGAACAAUAAUUUUGUAGAUGUAGAAACACCUACUUUAUUUAAAGCUACCCCUGGGGGUGCGCAAGAAUUUAUUGUUCCGACUAGAUUUCCAGGCCAAUUCUACUCCUUAGUACAAAGUCCACAGCAAUUUAAACAAAUGUUAAUGGCUGGAGCUAUGGACAAAUAUUUUCAAAUAGCUCGUUGUUAUCGAGAUGAAGGAGUAAGGUCUGAUAGACAACCGGAAUUUACCCAACUGGAUAUCGAAAUGUCUUUCACCAAUAUGGACGGAGUAAUGUGUCUUAUAGAAGACCUUCUUUCUCAUUCCUGGCCUGAUUAUCUCAAUCCUAUUCCUGUAAGAUUUCAAAGAAUGAGUUUUGAGCAAGCAGUACAAAAUUAUGGUAAUGAUAAACCUGAUAUUAGGUUUGAUUUUACGAUUGAAAAUUGUACUGAUUUAUUAAGAAAAAACAAGAAACUAGUUAAUUCCGAUAAUUUUCAAGCAUGUUUUGUGAAAUUUCCUAAGGAAUACUCCAACCUGAGUAAACAGAUUAAAAGCCUUAUGUCCGAUGUAGCUAACAAAUUUCCUAGAGUUAAAUUUGUCCAAAGUAAGAUUAAUACAACGAAGGAAUGGAUACACAAAAUCAGUAAAUUACUGGGCAGUGAUAUUGCUAUAAAAUUUACUGAAGAAAAUAAAAUUCAAGACGAAAGUGUCUUGUUUUUAGCCUAUGGAAAUAAAAAUGAAGUACUAUCGUUACUGGGCAAAGUUAGAUUAGAAUAUGUUAACUUUUUGGAAAAUUUGGGAAUAACUAUUAGGAAGAAGGGAAUGCAUUUUCUUUGGGUAACCGACUUUCCGUUAUUUGAAGUUUCCGAAGAAACUGGUUGCUUACAGUCUGCCCACCACCCUUUUACUGCACCCCAUUUAGAUGAUUUGCAUCUAUUAAAAACUGAACCUUUAAAGGUCAGAGCCUUAGCUUACGAUUUAGUAUUAAACGGCAAUGAAGUAGGAGGUGGUUCCAUCAGAAUCCAUGACCCAGCCUUACAAGAAACCGUCCUAGACUUACUGAAGAUCAAAAAAGAUACAAUGCAACAUAUUCUUGAUAUGCUGAGCUCAGGGUGCCCGCCCCACGGAGGUAUUGCUUUAGGGUUAGAUAGAUUGCUGUCUAUUUUACUGAAUACAACUAGCAUUCGCGACGUUAUUGCUUUUCCAAAGAAUUUUGAGGGCAGGGAUCCUCUAAGCGGUGCCCCUUCCUAUAUUUCAGAACAAGAUCAAAAGUUGUAUCAUAUAAAAAGUGUGAUUAGUGAUAAGGAUAAAAAGUAAUAACAUUCUGGAUAAAGCUGAAUAUUGUUACAAGUUUUGUUAUAGGUAUAUUUUUUAUUAAAUAAAGCUUUGUUGAGA